CACUGUUCUCUUACUCUCUCUUUCUCUCUCUCCGUCUGUCACUGCUGCUACUUGCUUCUCUUCUCUCCUCGUUCCAAGGCCUCGGAGCGGAGAGCGGGGUUUCAAUGGCGGAAUCGAUGGCCGAUCGCCGAUCGCUUCGAGCUCGGGCGUAGAAAGGUCGCGCCUUUUUCAUUCGAUCUUUCGGACGCCCAAGGCAAUCUGGCCUCCGGAGUGGCGAUCGGUCGCCGAGCCAGGGAUUUAGGGUUUCCAAUGGGGAAAUGGUGUGAAUCCUUGUUUUAAUGGCGAAAGAUCCGAUUUUUCCGGUUAAAACAUAGUGGGUUUGGGGUUUUCUCAUCUCGCAGCUGUUCAAGCAGCCAUCUUUCGCUGUUUUUUCUCCUUUCUCGUUUCUUUUUUGGGGUGGUUUUGAAGUUUAGUUUUAUCUCCUUUUUUUUGUAGUUUUUUUGUUUCUGUUUUUGGGAUGGUCACUGAGAGCCCCCUGACGGUGCUAUCGGAGAGGGGGGUUCGGUCCAUGAUCGGGAGCGGGGGGGAAGGAUUUGGUGGGGAGGAGUUGGAAUUGCUCCUCCGGGAGCAGCGGAGGCAGGAGGCGAGCGAUCGGGAGCGGGAGCUGAAUAUUUACAGGAGUGGCUCCGCGCCUCCUACAGUCGAAGGGUCGCUCACUGCCGCGGGAGGGCUCUUUGGCAGGGAGGCCGCUGCUGGCGUGCCGGAUUUCUCCCCAGGAAAUAAUGGGAAUGCUUUAUUAUCCGAGGAGGAGGUCCGGUCUCAUCCGGCUUACCCCUCCUACUACUACUCUCAUGUUAAUAUGAACCCGCGCCUCCCUCCUCCGAUUCUAUCCAAGGAGGACUGGAGGUCCACACAGAGGCUUAAGGCCGGGAGCUCCGUGUUGGGAGGGAUCGGGGAUAGGAGGGGACCAAACAGGGACGAGGAAGGGAGUGGCAGCUCGCUUUUCUCGCAGCAGCCUGGCUUCAAUUUGCAGGAGGAGCGCAAGGGCAACCUGAGGGCGGUGCCUGGUUCUGGGGAGUGGCUGAACCAAGAAGGAGAUGGGCUGCUCGGGUUGUCACUCGGCCGACAGAAGAGCUUUGCUGAUAUUCUUCAGGAUGACCUUGGCCGUGGAACUUCCAUGUCAGGCCAUUCAUCUCGCCCAGGAAGUCGCAAUGCAUUUAUUGAUGGUGUCGAACUGUUAGGUUCUGCUGAGUCUCAUCUUGCUCCACCUAAAGAAAUGGCAUAUUUAGAUGGGAAAAAAUCUGGGGGUCAUGUCCAAAGUGUUCCUGGACUUAAGAAUGUUGGUGCAUCGGCAUCUCAUAACUUUGCAUCUGUUUUAGGAUCAUCCCUAGAGAGAAGCACCACUCCUGAUCCUCAGGUGGUGGCAAGGGCUCCCAGUCCUUGCCUUCCACCAGUUGGGGUGAGGCUUAACGCCAAUGACAAGAAACAUAACAAUGGCUCAUCUUCCUUCAAUGGUGUCUCCUCUGGCAUUGCUGAAUCGGAUGAUCUUAUAACUGCUUUAUCAGGCAUAAGCUUGUCAACUGCUGCUGCAAUGGACAGUGACAAUAUUUCACAGUUGAAUCUUCAACCAGGAUUCAACAACCACCAGUCUUUUCUUUUUGAUUCGCAAAGUGGCCAAAACCAUGUCAAGCAACACACUUUCCUGAAAAAUUCGGAUCCAGAAUAUUUACAUGUGUCUUCUAUUCCACAGUCAUCUAACUCUUCUAUUUCACCUCCGCAAUUUCAGAAUCUUGAUUCUGUGGAUACAGCAUUUACAAGUUAUGGAUUGAGUGGGUUCUCUGUGAAUCCUGUGUUACCAUCGAUGACAGUCAAUCAUAUUGGAACAGGAAAUUUGCCUUCCUUGUUUGAAAGUGCUUCUGCUGCUGCCGCAUCUGUAUCUCUUGGUAUGGACUACAGGGGCUUAGGAGGUGGCAUAUUUGCACCCCCAAAUUUAACUAAUCAAGCAGACUUGCAGAAUCUCGGUCGAAUUGGUAAUCAGACAGCAGCAGCUCUUCAGUCACCCCUUGCUGACCCGCUUUAUGUUCAGUAUCUGAAGGCAGUUGAAUAUACAGCACAAGUUGCAGCUAGCCAUAGCAAUCCUUCUGUGGAAACAGGUUUUGCUGGGAAUUCUUAUAUGGAUUUACUUGGAUUGCAGAAAGCUUAUGUAGGAACAUUGCUUCAACCGCAGAAACAGUAUGGGGUGCCGCUUCUAGGUAAAUCUGGAGCAUUAAAUCAAAGUUUCUAUGGGAGUCCAGCUUUUGGCCUGGGUAUGUCAUAUCCAGUAAGCCCUUUGGCAAGUCCUAUUGCUUCUCCAGUUGGACCUGGCAGUCCUCUUAGGCAUGGUGAGCGCAACAUGCGAUUUCCUUCUGGCUUGAGAAAUUUACCUGGAAGUGUCAUGGGCUCCUGGCAUUGUGGUCCAACUGGCAGCAUGGAUGAAAAUUUUCCAUCCUCACUUCUGGAUGAGUUCAAGAGCAACAAGACAAGAUGUUUUGAGCUUGCUGAAAUUGCUGGCCACGUGGUUGAGUUCAGUGCUGACCAGUAUGGGAGCCGUUUCAUACAACAGAAACUUGAAACAGCAACCACUGAAGAGAAAAACAUGGUUUUUGAAGAAGUCAUCCCUCAUGCACUUUCAUUGAUGACAGAUGUUUUUGGAAAUUAUGUGGUCCAAAAGUUUUUUGAGCAUGGGAGUGCAGCUCAGAGAAGGGAAUUGGCCAACCAGCUUAAUGGGCAUGUGUUGGCUCUCAGCCUUCAGAUGUAUGGCUGUCGAGUGAUCCAAAAGGCAAUAGAAGUUGUUGAUUUGGACCAGAAAACAAAAAUGGUUACAGAGCUUGAUGGCCACAUUAUGCGUUGUGUGCGUGAUCAAAAUGGAAACCAUGUUAUUCAAAAAUGCAUUGAGUGUGUCCCUCAGGAUGCCAUUCAGUUUAUCAUCUCAACCUUCUAUGAUCAAGUCGUGACUUUAUCAACUCAUCCAUAUGGUUGUCGUGUGAUACAGAGGGUGUUAGAGCACUGUGAUGAUCCUAAAACUCAGCAAAUUGUGAUGGAUGAAAUUUUGCAAUCUGUUUGCAUGUUGGCGCAAGAUCAGUAUGGCAAUUAUGUUGUCCAGCAUGUAUUGGAGCAUGGAAAACCUCACGAGCGAUCUGCCAUUAUCAAGAAAUUAGCUGGACAGAUAGUUCAGAUGAGCCAACAGAAGUUUGCAUCAAAUGUUGUUGAGAAGUGUUUGACUUUUGGUGGCCCUGAAGAACGUCAAAUUUUGGUAAAUGAGAUGCUUGGCUCCACUGAUGAAAAUGAGCCACUCCAGGCCAUGAUGAAAGAUCAAUUUGCUAACUAUGUUGUACAGAAAGUAUUGGAGACUUGUGAUGAUCAGCAACGUGAGUUGAUCCUUUCACGAAUAAAGGUCCACUUGAAUGCACUGAAGAAAUAUACUUACGGAAAGCAUAUAGUUGCUCGUGUAGAGAAACUUGUUGCAGCUGGGGAAAGGAGGAUUGGACUGCAGUCCUCAUAUUCCUCUUAGAUGGCAUAGGAACGAAGUUGUACAGCUAACUGAGGCUAGUGUGAACUCCUUUUAUCUAUUUAAUGGGCAGGUACAAGCUGGCUGGGAAUAAAAAUGUUGCUUGUACUGGAAAACUGUACAUUCUGUAGUUUGAGGUUAUAGUUUAUAUGCCAAGCCUGAGGCUCAGAAGGUUAGUAUACCUGCUGCCCCUGCACGGGAGAUUAAUGUCUGUACAAGCUUUUAUGGGUGUAAAGAGAUGGUAAAGGAAAGAUGCAUAUGGUAGCAUGACUGUACAAAUGUAGCGACGUGGAGAGCUGUCAGUUGUUUAGGACUUAGCAGAAUCUUAAUUCUCUUUGGUUUUUUUUUUUAUUACUCAUGGAUUUUAUAGUACAUUAUAAACAAUUUUCACAUGCCAUUCACUUGUUUAUGGU